CUAGAAAUAAAGCGUGACACAAAAAAAUAUGGGAAUAAACCGGUCAGGUAUAUAAGGAAAAUUUAAGAUUACGUAUUGUUUUACAUCAAUAAAAAUGUCGUUACAAACUAUAGUAACUGUUGCAUUGAUUGUAACAAUCUGCAUUAGCCUAUUGCACGGACAAGGCUUUGCUCCAGCAGGACAAAUACCAGAAAAGUGCUUUGAUUGCUUAUGCGAAGCGGCAUCUGAAUGUGAUGAAGCAGCUGAAUGCUUUAACAAAGGUCCUGGACAGUACCUAUGCGGGCCUUACCAUAUAUCUUAUGAAUACUGGAAAGAUUCAGGAAAACCUGGAGAAAAUCCAGAUGAUCCACUUGAUUUUGAGAAAUGUUUGAAUAGCAGACCUUGUGCAGAAGCUGCCAUAAAAGGAUACAUGCAGAAAUGGGGCAAUGACUGCGAUGGAGACAUGAAGAUAGAUUGCUUCGAUUGGGCUCGAAUUCACAAGGGUGGACCUCGAAGUUGCAAUGAUACUUGGAUUUUGAAUACUGAUUUCUGGGCACGGUUCAGCCACUGUUUUACCAUAUAGUAUCUCACGAUACCAUAAUAAAAUUAAUUUUAUUUCGC